AUGUCCAAAGAAAUCACAUCCCCGCGACCCUAUACCUCCGAGACAGAAUGUCUUCAAUACCACUCCCAGCUUUUCAAGACCUUCGCUACCGGAAAGACGAAAAGUAUCAAAUGGCGAAAAUGGCAGCUUAAGCAAAUGUGGUGGAUGCUCGUCGACAACGAAAAGGCCAUUGCCGAAGCACUAGCAGUUGAUCUCGGACGCCACGAGUUCGAAGCCCUGACAUCAGAUCUUCAUGGCUUAAAGGCCGAUAUCCUCGAACACCUGAACCAUGUGGAAGAAUGGGCUGCUGAUGAGCCAGUGUCUUCCGCUGGAUUCCUUAUGGGAACACUGGGAAAAGCGCGCAUCCGAAAGGAGCCUCUUGGUGUCGUUUUGGUCAUCGGAGCAUGGAACUUUCCGUUCCUGCUUACGUUGCAGCCCGUUAUUGCUGCUAUAACCGCCGGUUGCUGUGUUGUUGUCAAACCAUCUGAGUUAUCAGUUGCUUCUCAGAACCUCAUGCAAGAUCUUGUAGGACGGUAUCUUGACCCAGAAGCCAUUAGACUCGUCACAGGAGGACCGCAGGAAACAACAAAACUGCUCGAACUCAAGUUCAAUCACAUCUUCUUCACUGGCUCAACAAAGGUGGCGAAAUAUGUUGCUGCAGCUGCAGCGAAGCACCUCACCCCGACAGUUUUGGAACUCGGUGGUCAGGGGCCAGCGAUAGUGACUGCGAAAGCUGACCUUGAUCUUGCGGCUAAGCGUAUUGCCUACGCCAAGUUUCUUAACGCAGGGCAGAUAUGUCUCUCAGUUAACCACGUUUUCGUCGAUCCAGAGGUUCACGAUGCUUUUGUGCAGAGAUUGCAUCACUGGACUCAGCAAUUCUCUGGUGGAGAGUCAAGCCAUAUGUGCAAGAUCGUCAAUAAGCGCAACUUUGAACGCUUAUCGGGCUUAUUGGAGAAGACUUCUGGAAAGGUGUUUCAAGCUUCUGGAAAGGGAGGGGACAAUAUGCUGAGCCCAACUGUUGUUACAGACGUGAGCGUAGAUGAUUCGCUUUUAAGUGAGGAGUUGUUUGGUCCCAUUUGUCCAGUCAUCAAAGCGACGUACAAGGGUGCGGUUCGCCAGACCAAUAGUGGUCCUCAUCCUCUCGCGAUCUAUAUCUUCAGUUCAGACCGAUCAGAAAUCAACUAUGUUCUGCAAAAUACCAUCUCGGGCGGCGUCACCAUCAACGAUGUUCUAAUGCACUAUGGCGUACCAGGCGCACCAUUCGGCGGUGUAGGUGAUUCAGGCCAAGGUUACUAUCACGGCAAAUACGGGUUCAUGGCCUUUACCCACCAGAGGACUAUCUUGGAGAUGCCAACUUGGAUGGAUAAGCUCAUGGCAUUUCGAUAUCCUCCUUUUGAUAUGAAGAACAUGAGCAACUUUGUAGUCAAGAACAACUUGGGAUUCCGUCGAGGAGAGACGAUGGAGGAUCAGGUGGUCGGGGGUAGUCGAUCAUGGCUUUGGGCAGCAACUGGAGUCUUGGUCGCUUCUGCGAUUGGAGUCGUUGUGAAGAACCGUCAGAACGUUCAUGAACUAUUUUUGUAA